AUGCGAAUGUACCUUGCAUUCACGGCCCUUUUGGCUUGCUUCCUUUCUCAUGUCUCUGCCACAGCUCUGACUUAUAAGCUUGUAGCCAACGAAAAGGCCUGCUUUUUUUCAAACGUAGAACAACAAGGGGCAAAGAUUGCCUUUUACUUCGCGGUCCAAUCUGGCGGUUCCUUCGAUGUCGACUACAGCGUCAUGGGUCCCGAUGGGAAAGUCAUCAUGGAGAACUCCAAGGAGAGGCAGCUGGACUCUGUAUUCACGGCCAAAGCGACAGGAGAAUACAGCUUUUGCUUCAAUAAUGAAAUGAGUACGUUCGCUGAGAAAAUGGUGGACUUCGAAAUUGCCGUUGAAAACGAAACUCCCUCCGCCCUCCUACCCUCAAAACGAGGCACUUCCCCUGAACAAACCUCCGCUCUCGAGGAGUCCAUCAUGAAAGUCUCGCGCGAUCUCUCCACCAUCAACCGCAACCAGAAAUACUUCCGGACUCGUGAGAACCGCAACUUCAGCACCGUCAAGAGCACAGAGAGCAGGAUAUUUAAUUUCAGCGUGGUGGAAAGCGGGUUGAUGGUUUGCAUGGCUGGGCUGCAGGUUUUCAUUGUGAGGUUCUUCUUUCAGGGGGCCAGGAAAGGCUAUGUAUGA